UUUCAGUUUCGAUCAUUCUCAACCCUUUCUCUCUCUCUCUGGCUCUUGUUUCUGACUCGUGAGAACUUAGAAAGCUUGGAAAGGUCGAUCCCUGUAUAAGGCCGUGUUUGGUGGUCGCUAGGAGAAGGACGAUGUCAGGGAAAGGCGCAAAGGGUUUGAUAACUGCCAAAACCCCCGCACCAAACAAGGACAAAGAUAAGAAGAAGCCUGUUUCUCGUUCCUCCAGAGCUGGUCUUCAGUUCCCUGUUGGACGUAUUCACCGACUCCUGAAGUCAAGGGUCACAGCUAAUGGAAGAGUUGGUGCCACAGCUGCAGUGUAUUCUGCUGCUAUCCUUGAAUAUUUGACUGCGGAGGUGCUAGAGUUGGCUGGCAAUGCAAGCAAGGAUCUGAAGGUAAAGCGUAUAACACCGCGACAUCUACAGCUUGCUAUUCGAGGGGACGAAGAACUCGACACACUCAUCAAGGGAACAAUAGCUGGUGGUGGUGUUAUUCCUCAUAUUCACAAGUCUCUUAUCAACAAGUCUUCAAAGGAGUGAGUGGUACAUAUCAUUCGGAAUUUCGGAUCAACAUGGGAGAAAUGAGUUUCUUUUUUUAAUCUGUAAAUUUGAUGAUAUCUUGAUUUUGUGGAUAAGUUGCUUCUUGCAUUAGUUUGAUCCACUCUUGGAGGCAAGCUGAAAAUUUCUGGUUUCCUUAUUUAUUAUUGUAUUAACUGACCUCUUUGACUAAUGUGCCCGGUACUUCAAGAUCAAAAUAUUGCUCGUCUCUUGAA